ACAACUUUUUCUCUUGUUCCUCAAUUUUGCUAAUUUUAAAUGUUUAAAAAUGUCAAAAAGCUACGUAAACCUCGAGAACAAGUACGACCGAGUGAUUGUCCUCGUUGACAUGGAUUGUUUCUACUGCCAAGUCGAGGAAAAGCUAAAUCCCGAGCUGAAAAACAAACCCAUUGCCGUUGUUCAGUACAACGAGUGGCGCGGCGGUGGAAUUAUCGCAGUCAAUUAUGCCGCCCGAGCUGCUGGAGUCACGCGACACAUGCGAGGUGACGAAGCCAAGGAACACUGUCCCGACAUCAUUCUCUGCAAAGUCCCCAACGUUCGUGGCAAAGCCGAUUUGUCGAAAUAUCGUGAUGCCGGAAAGGAAGUUGCUCAAGUACUCGGGACUUUUAGUCCGUUGCUGGAACGUGCGAGUGUCGACGAAGCCUAUCUCGACAUCACGGAGUCCGUUCACGCGAAAUUGCGCGAAAUGAAUACCGGAACGUUCAAAUUGGAUGCCAGCAAGUUUGGAGCCACGCAUGCCGUGGGCUACGACAACAUUGGCACCUUUGUGCAAGAGCUUACGAGUCGAUGCGGCGGAAAUUUCGAAGAUGAACCGAUUUUUGAGAAUGAAACGGAAUACGAAAGGAACGCCUUGAAACGGAGCGACUUGAAAUUGCUGAUUGGAGCGGCGAUUGUGAAUGAUAUUCGAGCAACGGUGAAGGAAAAGACGGGAUAUGAGUGCUCGGCCGGGAUUUUUCACAACAAAAUAUUGGCGAAACUCACGGCUGGCAUGCACAAACCGAACCAACAAACGUUGUUGCCGGUGCGAAAGGUCCCGGAAUUGUAUUCGACACUGCCAGUGGGGAAAGUUAAGGGAUUGGGAGGCAAAUUUGGUGAACAAGUGUGUGAAACUUUGAAAGUUAAACUGAUGUCUGAGCUGCGAGCCAUUCCAAAAGAUACUCUUUUACAAAAAUUUGACGAGAAAAAUGGAAAUUGGCUCUACCUGAUAUCACGAGGAGUCGAUUUGGAACACGUACAAUGUCGAUACAAUGCAAAGAGCAUCGCCUGCUGCAAACGCUUUCCCGGAAAAAGUGCAAUUAUUGGUGUAGCAAGCCUCAAUCACUGGUUAUUGGAGCUGGCGACGGAGAUUUGUGAACGAAUGGAGAAAGAUGCCUUGGAAAAUAAUCGAAAAGCGAAGCAAAUGAUCAUCAGCUUCACGCAAACCAUCGGUUCGGAAGACAUUUCCAGCUCUCGAUCCGGUCCAUUGCAGUAUUACGAGCCAGAAUUGCUGGCAAAAGACGCGCUUGAAGUCAUCAAACGGAAUACGACGCAAUUUACAAAACCCGAAAACGCAGGAACGCUCAACAAUCACAUCAAAUUCCUGGGAAUCAGUGUGAGCAAGUUCGAGGAUCAAACGAAAAGUGGCACGUUGAAGGAAAUGUUCAAGAAACAAAUUGAAAAAGCUGAGGAGACGGCUAGUAAUAGCUCGGAAACGAGUUUAAAUGAAAUUAUGGCGCGUAAAAAGAAAAGUUUCUCGACAGAAUUGGAUGAGAAAGCAGGACCUUCGAGUGCGGCACCGCUCAAAAAGUCAAAUUCGUUGCUCGAAAGCAUGUUUAAGAGGCAACAACAGCGCCUAAGUACGGAAGAACGUAAAGAAGAAUCAACUCCGAUAGAAACAAAAGACGAUAUUGAUGAAGCAGGACCGUCAACUAGCUCCAAAACUGUCGCAGAACUGAAGAAAUCAAACUCUUCAUUGAAAAAUAUGUUCAAAAAUCACCAAACUACAGAAGAAUCCGUUAAAAUCGAUGUCAAAGACGAAGAUUCGCGAAGUUUUGAUGAAACUUCCAUGGAUUCUAACAACGAACCCAGCCAUUUUUCUGACAAUGAAGAUCAAAAAAGCGUGGAUUACGAAUAUCACGACGAAAACUCGGAAAAUAACGUUACCAACAACGAGUCCAAUAAAAGUGACGAAGACAUUUUCUUACCUGAAAGUGACGAAGAAGACAUCAAUCUGCCAGAAAUCGAGCCCGUUUUCAUCCAAUGUGAGAUUUGCAAGCGAAAAAUUCUCGAGGAAGAGAUGUCGGCACACAAAGACUACCAUUUUGCCCUCCAAUUGUCACAUCAGGAACGUCAAAAGUUUCGCGAAGAGCAAAAAGCAAAAUUUUCACCGCAACCUGUAAAGUCCGUCGCGAAUUCGAGUAACGCUAAAAAGAAGGCCAUUAGUAAAAAUACGUUAAAACCGAUCGAUAAUUUCUUCAAAAAAGCCGAGGAUGAAGAAGAAAUCGCGAAAAAUGGCAUCAAAUGUGAUGAAUGUGGAAAAUUUGUGAUGGAUAUCAUUGAACAUAUGGAUUAUCAUUUUGCGAAGAAGCUUCAGCAACAAGAGAGACAAGAGAUUGCCGGAAACUCCAUGUUAACACCAACAAAUUCGUCAAAUUCGAAGAAGCGGAAACGAGAAGAUUCGCGUUCCGACAAAGCAGAUAUUCGAAAAUGUAAACCACUGACUGCAUUUUUCAGCAAAAAUGAUUGAUUUGUGACAAGUAGAUAUGUAAGAUAAUGUAAAAAAUAAGUUUU